GAAUUAAUCGAAUCAAGCAUCUGUCAACCUCUUACUUCGUGCUGUCAACACGCCCCACGCAAGGCGACAGAUCGCUUAGCAGUUUGAUGACGCCGAUAUUAUCGUCAACACAUUCGGCAAAAACAACGAAAAGAUGAUGCAACAAUACAUGAAGGAGCUGGAGCAGGAGCCGUUCGAUUCCGAGGAAUUUGUGGAGCGCCUGGCUUGGAGAACUGUUAAUGACACGUUUAAAGACGGUGGAGACAAGAGCUCCUUUGAUCCAGUGCUGGUCCACGAGACGUUUCUGCAGGCAAUUAAGGAUUUGAGGGUGCUACAGGAGCGACAACAGAAAAAAUGCGACAGGCUGGAGGCGGCAUGCAAGGAGGAGGAGAUUAGGCACGCGCUAGAGAUCCUCGAACUCCAGGAGAAAAACAAAUACGCCAUGAAGUUGUUCCAUCAGCUUGACGAGAGAAUCAACUUUGUCGCCACGAAGGUGCUGCACCUGGGUGACCAGCUCGAGAGCGUCAACACUCCGAGAGCACGCGCGGUCGAAGCCCAAAAGUUGAUGAGACACUUUGCAGAGUUUCUGAGUCCCGGGCCUUUAACGGACCCAGUUUUCACCGACAAAUCGUCGCUUGACGAGGCAGCGGACGUGAUACAAAAGCUACAUUUGAUCGCGCAAGAGCUUCCAUCCGACAAGUUUGACGGCGCCAAAAAGAAGAUCAGCGCUAAGUACGACGAGAUUGAGCGGAGCUUGAUAGAGGAGUUUGCCAGGGCUCACAGCGGAGAAGACGCCACACGGAUGAAGGAGCUGGCCUCGAUCCUGUCUCACUUCAAGGGCUAUUCGCAGUGUGUCGACGCGUUCAUCGAGCACAGCCAAAUGGGUUCGUUCGGCGGCAAGGAUGUUUUUCAGGAUGUCAUACCGAUGUGCACCAAGAACUACAAACUGAUGCAGCAGGUAUUCGCUAACCCGACUCAAGUCAUGGCCAAAUUUGUCCUCAACAUUUACCAUCUCAGGCUGCAAAAAUACGUUGUGGCGAAGCUUACCGAUCGUACGGACUCCGACAAGUAUCUGAAGAAUCUUUAUGACCUCUACUCAAAGACGAUCAAACUAUCCAACGAUCUGAAGCCGUUUGAUAUGGGAACAGAUGAGGCUUACCUCGCCAAACUCACCAGGAAUAUCUUUCAGAAACAUCUCGAUUCCUACAUAAGUAUCGAGACCAAGUCUCUCCGUGAGAAGUCUGCAUCCCUGUUGAUCAAGUACUACGAGUCUAAGAAUCACCAGAAAAAGCAACUGCAAACCGGGGGCUUCCAGGAGCUGAGGAGAGACUUGCAAGCCGUAAUCGGCACUAGAACGAACAUCAAUAUAGCCCAGAUUGAAGAUUACGGCGGUGAGACCUUCCUCUCCGAGGAGUUGGCCAUCGCUCUGCUCCAGGAGAGCAAACUGGCGUUUCAACGGUGCCAGAUCCUCUCACAAUCAAGCGACUUACCUGUAAACGCUCUGCAGAUACUAGAAAUCCUGCUACAGUAUCUCACCAACGAACACGUUGACUAUGCUCUGGAAUUGGGACUCCAAAGUGUCCCCAUACCUGAGAGCGGAUGUCAACCUGAAAUCCACUUCUUCAACGUAGUCAGACGGUGCAACGCCAUCAUUCAUCUGCUCGAAAAGCAAUUCAACGAUAGCCUCGUACCGCUAGUCAUAUCAACGUCAAAGCAUGGGGAUUGCCUGGCGAAGAAGAAAGCCGUUUUGGAGCAGCUGGAAUUGAAACUGGACACGGGUUUGGACCGAAGUAUAAACGCGAUAGUUGGCUGGGUGAAAAUUUACUUGCAGAAUGAGCAGCGCAAGACAGACUUCAAGCCGGAAUCGGACGUCGAUACGUUGAACACCCCUGCCUGUUUAGUUGUGGUUCAAUACGUUUCGACGAUGAUAACUCACAUAAGAGACAGACUGGACGAAAAGAACGUCGAAAGUGUUCUCACAGAAUUGGGGGUCAGAUUCCACAGGGUGAUAUAUGAACACUUGCAGCAGUUUCAGUUCAAUUCUGCCGGCGCAAUGUGCGCCAUUUGUGACAUGAAUGCUUACAGAGAGUGUGCUAAAAAUCUUAAAGUCAGCCUAGUCACGAAUCUCUUCGACACAUUGCACGCUCUCUGCAAUUUGCUCCUCGUCAAGCCUGAGAAUUUGAAGCAGGUCUGCACUGGGGAUCAAUUGGCCAUGCUCGACAGGUCCAUACUGAUAAAUUUUAUACAGCUCAGGACAGACUACAAGACUCAGAAGUUGGCAAAUUGUUUGAAAGGCCUUGCUGCCUAGAUGGUAGAAUUCAACAGAGAGAAGCGAUCAAUCAGUUUUCACAGCUUGCGCAAAGAACGACUGAUCAUCUCGAUCUUGGUUUUAAGAGGAAUACGAAAACGAUUGAGGUAUAACGAUAAUAUUUUGUAAAUAAUAAUCGUAAUAUUUAAUACAUAUAUAUUAUUAUAUAUAUAUAUAUGUAUUAUAGUAUGUGUAUAUAUACAUAAUUAUAUAUAUAUAUACCUUUCCAAGCGGAAAGUUGUGUAGGAAACAAACUGUAAAUAACUAAAGCUCAGUAUAUAUUGAGACACAAUUUCAUUUGGAAUAUAAUUUUCCCUUCAUUUUUUCUUCAGUCACUUGAUACAAACAAUCAAAGGGCAAAGAAAUAACGAAAAUUCGCGAUAUUCAUAGCAAAUGUAUUAAUUUUAUUGUUACAUACAUAAUUAUAUAAUCACGUUGCAAUGGAACCCUGGCAUAUUACGGGACUCAAAGAAAUGGGAUGAGAGUGGGGAAAGAAGUUUGUUUUUCGUGUUCCGUUUUCCGUUUUCACAUCAAUCUAACAAACAGUAAUGAUUCCUUAUAAAAAUUAUACAUAGUAUAAUAUAUACAGCUGCACUGUGACUUGGCGGUCUGUCGGCAUGAUUAGAAAUACGUUUGCCUGCUGGUUUGACAAUUACCUUGUCUAGUUAGCAACCUAGUAGAAAACCGAUUUUACCUGACUAGAAUUAUCAACUCAGACAAAGAAGAUUCUCCGUUGUUACAAUUAUUAUGUGAAUCGAAAUCAAUAAUAGAACAAUAAUCGAUAGCCUAGUCCCUGUGUCGAUAAAUCAUUUACUUCCACGCUCGAUGAUGUGAAUUGGUAAUUGUUUUUGAAAUAUUGGCUAAUAUUUCAUUAUCGCUUAGAUUUGAAUUAUAACCUAUUCGGAGCAUAUACUAUUUUUUAUCGGUCAUUGAA